GGCCCCGGCAGCCAGGCCGCGGCUCCCUCCCUCCCUCCCUGCGGGCCGCGCUCGCUCUGCUCCGCCCGGCAGCGGGGCCGGCCCGUGGCGAGGCGGCGCCGGGACUCUGCCCAGCCCGCAGCGGGAGCGGGGCUCGGCCGGGCCGGGCCCGCGGGAGCAGCCCCGCCCGGGGGCGCCAUGGCCGAGCGGGCCGCUGCCCAGGCUCGGGAAUGGGACAUGGAGUCCCUGCACUCGGCUCCUCUGCAACCCCACGUUGUCCCCAAGCAAACUGCUGUGGGAGAAACGCAGCUGCAAACUGCAGAGAUCUCCCUGUGGACUGUAGUGGCUGCUAUUCAAGCCUUGGAGAGGAAGGUGGAUUCCCAUGCCUCACAGUUACUGAGUCUGGAGGGCAGAACAGGGACAGCUGAGAAGAAAAUAUGUGACACAGAAAAAGGAAUGAUGGAGUUUAGUAACCAACUAGCCAUGCUGGGAUCUCUGAUCCAGGAAUAUGGACUGAUGCAGAGGAGGCUGGAGAACAUGGAGAACCUGCUGAAGAACAGGAACUUCUGGAUCCUGAGGCUCCCCCCAGGCACUAAGGGAGAAGUCCCCAAGGUGCCAGUGACAUUCGAUGAUGUUUCCGUCUAUUUCUCCAAGCAGGAGUGGGGGAAAUUGGACGAUUGGCAGAAAGACCUUUACAAGAAUGUGAUGAAAGGCAACUAUGAAUCAUUGAUCUCGCUGGACUACGCCAUCUCCAAACCUGACCUUCUGUCCAGGAUUGAACGGGGGGAGGAGCCGUGUAGGGGGGCUCAGGAAGACUCUGAGGAGAGAGUGAUCCCAAUGGAGCCUAGCACAGAAUCGCUGAGCCUUACUCAUGAUACUGUAUCGUGGAUAAAACAAGAAGACCUGUACAUCAGGGAUCAGUGGGACUCGGAGGAGAGAGAGAUCUCUACGGAGCCCAGCACAGCAGACAACGAGGUUGUAGUCAAAGCUGAGGAGGGAAUCCCAGUGAGCUUGGAGCUGUACAGCACAUUGCCUGGACCACCAGAAGAGACUGUUUUCCAGUACCCUGAGCAGGAACCGAUCUGUGACGAUCAGGGCAACGUCAGCAUCCAGGGGGAAUACCCUGACGGGAACAGUCUGGAGGACUCUGCUGCGGGCGAGAGAGACUUCAGUAACUUCACCACGAUCAUUGUCCAAGAGGAGAGCCUCCCAGGAGAGGCACCGUACGUCUGUUCUGAAUGUGGGAAAAGCUUCCUUUAUGAGCAGCAGUGUGUACUGCACCAGAGGAUCCAUGCCGGAGCCCACACGCCUCCUGAGCGCAGGGAGAGCUUCAAGCAAAACCACUGUCUCAAAUCCUGCCCAGAGGUUCAGCUGGGGGAGAGACUUUAUAGCUGCCCUGAGUGCGAGCGGAGCUUCCCUCACAAGUCGAGCCUCAGCAAACAUCAGCUCUCCCACACGGGGGACCGGCCGCACACCUGUGCUGAGUGCAAGAAGAGCUUCCGGCUGAAGAUCAACCUCAUGAUACACGAGAGGAGUCACGCGGGGAAGAGCAGGGGCUCGUAUAUCUGCAACGAAUGUGGGAGGGGCUUUAACCACCAUUCGAACUUCAUUAGGCACCAGAUGAUCCACACUGGGGAGAGACCGUAUGGCUGUACCGAGUGUGGGAAAACCUUCAUGCGGAAGGAGCACCUCCUGACCCACCAGCGCCUGCACACGGGAGAGCGGCCCUACCAGUGCCCCGAGUGCCGGAAGAGCUUCACCCGGAAGCAGCACCUGGUGGGACACCAACGCAUCCACACGGGGGAGAAACUCUGGGGGACCCUGGCAGCACAGAGACGCUUGCACGACCUGCCAGGCAAAACGCACAGGGGAGAGCCUGCGUCGCUGCCCUUGAUGCACAAGGAGUUCCCCCCGUAGAUGCUGUGUUAAGUGCUACCAGGGAACUCUGGCUGGGGACAAUCAUGAUGGCAUCUGAGCAAAGGAGAGAGACCAAGGCUCUGGGUGUUGAACAGAGAACUAAAUGUCAGCAGGAUGAUCCGUGGAGAGGUCUAGGCUGCUGGUUUAUUAGCAGUUGAGUCCAUUCCCACUAGGGCAAAAAACACCUAGGCAGGCUCAGUGCUCCCUGGGAAGCUUGUCGUUCUUUUCCUGUGUUUCUCUCUUGCUAGUUCAUCACACUAAAGGUAGUUGCAUCUUCCUUAAGCCAACGAGAGCUACUUUUCAGUGUUCAUAGGUGUUUGACCUGUCAAUCAGGAUUCCCAGCUGGUGGUAUGCAGGUAAGGUGCCCAUUGGAAAGGGGAAGCCAUCUCUGUCAGUUAACGGAACACGUUCACUUUCUUCUACAAUGUUUAGUCACUGUCACUAGCUUAUGUUCAGUGUUCUUGACGGGAGUGGACAUCUUUCCCUUGGGGCUGUGUCUCGGGCACCAUUCAAAUGAUGGAUUCUGUGCUUGAGACAUCACAGGGCUGCUAUUAACCUGUGAGCAUCAUGAAAUCUGGAUAACUGUCCAUGAGCCCAUUGAAGUAACAGACAGCUUGGGGGACAUUUUCCGCAGUACCUGAGUGACUCAGUCCCAUUGACUUUCCAGAAUGGGGUGGAGCGGGGACUCUUCCACCUGGACCCAUCCCCCAAGGGAAGUAGCUGGUUAAUAUUUACGUUCCUCUGUUCCAGUAGUUCUAAACCCGUGGCCCGCAUGUGGCCGAAUUAACACACAGCUGCAGUCCAGCUGUGCGCUAAAGGCGGGGGUCCAGGGCCUGGCCCCACACAGCAGAGGUCUGGCGUCCAGGGCUGCCACCUGGCCCCAAAAAGUCUGGGUUGGGGCUGCUAUCCAGCCCCACGGGGUUGGGGGUCCAGGGCUGCUGGCUGGCUCUGCACAGCAAGGGUCCAUUGCUGCCCGCUAGCUCCUCACAAUAGGGUCCAGGGUUGGCGUUGGGGCUGCUGGCCGGCCCCGCGGGAUUGGCGUCAGGCCUGCCACCCAGCUGCCCUGCCACCUGGUCCCAUGUGGCCAGGUCCAGGAUCAGGGCUGCUGCCCGACCGCACACAGUGGGGUCCAGGGUCCCUGUCACCUGGCUCCUCGCCCAGAGCUCUGCUCCUGGCCCCACUCUAUGGAGGGGUCUCUGAGUGGGAGAUGCUGGGCUUAGGGGUCUGUGGGGGGAAAUUCGGGGGGAGGGGGAGGGAGGCGUGUGCUGUGGUUCUCAACCUGUGGCCCCGGUAACACAUUGUGGGCCGCAUAUACGGCCCACAAUGAUAAAUAGGUUGAGAACCACUGCUCUGUUCGUAUCCACGUGGGUAGAGCUGUGGCUGUGCGAGUAGUUCACAUGUACGUUCUCUCAAAUCCUCUUUUCAAAAUGCACAAUAAUAAAAUGUACAAUCAAGAGCCAAACAAAGAUACCGUCAGAAACUGACCGUCUGCCAGUGCAGCUCAGCCUGCCAUGCAGCAGCAGUAUGUUCCAUUGCACAUAUCCGUCCGGUCUGAAAUACCACGAUGCAUGGGGAGUGAUUCAGAAGGAAUUCUUACCUGACGAGUUUGAGAUAAUUACAAAAAAAAAAGCUUAUUGAAAUAAUUGUCAGAUGAUUAAGAUCCUAGGAGGGCUGGUACCCUCCACAUCUGGCUGAUUGUGAAUCCCAUACCCCCAUAGUGGAGCAGUUACUGGCCCCAUUGAUUUCCAGGGGACUGAGCAUAGGAUAAGUGCUCACCAGUGAGAGAAAGGGGUUCAAAAUCUAGUCCAGAGGGUGUGGGCCCAGCCUACACAAGCUGGGAGGGAACGGUGGGGCUGAGAACAGCUGGUUGUGCAUGUAGAGUUCUUUGAGACUCACCUACGCCAUGUUGUUCACGCAGAUGUAGAGCCAGAAGCUGGUUUCCAUGAGCAGUGUCCUGGCCCCAGGCUCCUUUAUUGUUAAAUUAUAACAUUGAUAUUGUGAUAGCACCUCCAGGCCCCACCUAGGUCAGGGCCCCAUUCUGCUGUUCACUGUACAGACGUAAUACAGGACAGUCCCUGCCCCAAAGAGCCUACAGUCUGCAAGACAAGAUGCAUCAGGUAGAUGAGACAAAUGAGCGGGGGAGACUAUCCAAAUUCUUAGCCGGAUGCUCUCCACUUGCCCAGCCAUUAUCAGGUUGCAGUUUCUCACGUGCAUUUUGGAAGACUCGAGUUUUGAGGAGAGAUUUAAAGGACAAGGUGUAGUGGCUUUAUGGAUUUUGACUGGGAGCUUUCCCCACAUGUAAGUGGUGUUGUGGGAGAAGUGGAGAAUCAGCAAUGGAAGCCGGCACCAUUGGUGGAGCAAAGGCAGAGUCAACAGUGUGCUGAGGUAAGAGGUCCAAUAGGAUAGCACUACACUGUGGAGGACUUCUUGUUCGAUGCGACUGAAGAGGAGGGGCCAGUGGAGGGAAAGAGCGGAUGACAGUGAUGAGCCAGGAAAAGGACUUUAGCAACACUGUUUUGAAUGUGUGUGAGGGCUGCGAGAUUGCUGACAUUGAGGCCAGAGAGGAAGGGAGAGUCAAGAUGUGAGAUGAUCAAGACUUGGACAAGAAUUCUGGCUACAUGGGCAGAGAUGAAAGGUCAGAUACUAGAGAUGUGGUGCAGUAAGAAGUGGCAAGAUAUAGACAUGGCCUGGAUGUCUGAUUUAAAGGAGAGAGACGAGUCAAAAAUGUCACAAAGGGCGAGAGGAGAGCUUUGCGGGAAAGAUCAGGAGCUCUAUUUUGGCCAUGUUAAGUCUUAGUUGACCACUAGACCUCCAAACGAGAUUUCAGGAAGACCGGCUGUGUUCUGUUGUGGCCAUGAGUGAAGAAAGGCCCCCAGCAGAACAGAGUGGGGGUAUCCAUGUCUCAGCAGCUGCUUUUUGAGGGAGGCGGGCUGAGCUUCCUGCACCCCAGAGAGAGGGGGUGGAAAGAAUUUUUCUGAUCCAUCACAUGGGUCUGCAACCUGUGAGUGGGUUUAGGAAAUACCCUGGCCAGGCAGGGCUGCACCAAAGUUGGUAUUUAGCAGGUGUUUCCCAGGCAUCAAUUGGCUCAAGAAGGUUCGGAUAUUCAGCUUCUUCCUUUUAUUGCCAGGUUGAAGCCACUGAGGGUAUGUCUACACAGCAGUUAGAUGCCCGUGGCAGCUGGCUUAGGCUAAUUGCGGUGUAGACAUUCAAGCUUGGGCUGGAGUCUGGCCUCUACGACCCUGAGAGGUGAAUGUCUACACACAGCAAUUAAACAGCCCCUUAGCCGAGUCAGCUGGCACGAGCCAGUAGUGGGUGUCUAAUUGCAGCACAGACAUUCCCAGUUUCACCCAUGGAGUGAGAGAGACCUGUAUGUUCUCAUACCAUGGGCUGUAAUAAUCCAGCUUGGAUCCCUCUAGAGCAGUGGUUCUCAACCAGGGGUCUGCAUACCGCUGGGGGGAUGCAGAGGUCUUCCAGGGGGUAUGUCAACUCAUCUAGAGAUUUGCAUAGUUUUACAAUAGGCUACAUAAAAAACACUAGUGAAGUCAGUACAAACUAAAAUUUCAUACAGACAAUGACUUGUUUAUACCGCUCUGUAUACUAUACACUGAAAUGUAAGUAUAAUAUUCCAAUUUAUUUAUUUUAUAAAUGCUGUGACAUUUUUA